AUGAAGACGUUUGCCCUCCUCUUUCUGGGUCUUGCCGUUGCUCUGGGAUUACCAUUGGAGAAAAAGGAGACACUAGCAGCUCCUGAAGCAGACCAGCGCCCUCUGGUGGGAGACCUACUGCCUGCACAAGGCCAUGUGGUGGUGGAACAACCAGCACCUCAGCCUGAACUCAGCAAACCACAACAGCAGCCAGCCCCACCUCCAGACGCAAAACAACAGAUUAUUGAAGUAGUUGAAGUUAAGCAAGAGUCAAAUCAAGACAAUGAAAUACAACCAGAGCAAAGCAAUCAAGAUGAGACAGGUCUGUUGGGACAUUUUGAGCCAAAAGCAGAUAUCAUAGAGACUUUGGUGGAAGAAGAAGACCAAAAACAGCAUGAAGAAACCCCUGAAGAGGAGACAGGCGAGUACGAGGAGUCGGUAAUGAAGCCAGAGCCAAUUAGCAAUGAAGAAAUGCAGAACGCAGAGUCAGCAGAAAACAACUUUAAGGACGAUGAAGUGUAUGAGGAACCACCUGUUAAAGAAGGAGAUUCAGAAGGACUUGAACAACAUCAAGACGAGGCAGGUCUGGUGGGAUAUUUCGAGCCAAAUGCAGACAUGGUAGAGACUUUGGUGGAAGACAAGGAACAAAAAAUGAAUGAAGAAACCCCCGAAGAGGAGACAGACAAGUACGAGGAGUCUGUUAUGAAGCUGGAGCCAGUUAUCAAUGAAGAAAUGCAGAACGCGGAGUCAGCAGGAACCAACUUCAUGGACAAUGGAGUGUAUUCCGAUGCCCCUGAACAACAUCAAGCUGAGAUGGGCGAUCUGGAGACACAUGCAAACAGUGUAGUGACUUUGGUGGAAAACGAGAACCAAAAACCGAAAGAAGAAACCCCCGAAGAGGAGACAGACGAGUACGAGGAGUCGGUUAUGAAGCUGGAGCCGAUUAGCAAUGAAGAAAUGCAGAACGCUGAGUCAGUAGGCACCAACAAUGACGUGUAUGAGGAACCAGAGAUGCACUUGGAGCCUGAGAGUGAGGGAUACCAGGGCCUGAAGGUGGAGGAGGAGGAGGAGGGGGCACAAGCUGGAGCCAUGGAAGAGGAAGGGCCCAUGUUGGAUGCUCUGGGGCAGCCUCUCUCUCUAGAUGGGGAGUUUAUGUCACAUGGCACCAACUUUAUGGACAAUGGAGUGUAUGAGGAACCAGAGAUGCACUUAGAGCCUGAGAGCGAAGGAUACCAGGCCGUGAAUGAAGGAUAUAUGCCACAAGCCCUAGCCAUGGAAGAGGAAGGGCCCAUGUUGGAUGCUCUGGGGCAGCCUCUCUCCAUGGACGAGGGGUCCAUGAGGCUGGAGCCAGAGGAACAGACAGAGACAUCUAUGGAGAGAGUGGAGCAUGGGGGGCGCUCUUGUCCUGGCAUGGUACUUGAGGGCCAGUGUUUCCAGUUUUUCACUACUCCUAAGAAAGCGUCAGCCGCAGAGUUUUUCUGCCAGACUUUCCCUGGAGGCCACUUAGCCGCCAUCACCAGCGCACACGUACACGGCCAGAUGAUGGCGCUGAUGAGGCAGCACGGAGGAACCAGGAGGACGUGGGUCGGUGGAUUACGCUUGUUAGACAGCAAUCGAUUUCUGUGGUUGGAUGGAUCUUCGUGGAACUACGCUGACUGGCUGUGGGGAGAGCCAAACAAUACAUCCGGAUUAGAAAACUGUGUAGAAUUACUGGCAUCUGGAAAGUUUAAUGACUUCACUUGUUGGGAACCUCAGGCCUUUAUCUGCUCCUACCCUUAUCAGUAA